CGCUAAAGGGGCUCUCUGCCGCCGCCACUUCGGCAAUCACUUUGAUCUAACGCCGUCGUCUAUAGUUUAGUUAUAUUCUCGCACCUGCUAAACAUGUGCCUGCGUGAUCCCAAAGUGGCCCAGGGAAUUGUGGAGAACUUUGAGCUCUUGCAGAAGUUCAAGGCAGUGAUUGCCACCUCCGAGAAUCCCGACACCAUUCAUAGCUCCAUCGAGGCCGUUCACAAGAUCCUGCUGAUCCAGAGUGCAGAGGAGAUGUUGGAGUUUACCACUCUUCCCGACUUUCCCAUCGAUCGCAUUAUCUGUGAGGUGACCAGCAAAUACCAGGAGAUUCGGCUUGCGGCCCUGAAAGUCUUGAAGACCCUCCUGGUGGACACCAGCGACCAGAGUGUGUUUGAGCCGCUGCAUCGCUGCUUCCAUGUCCUGGAGCAGCUGGUCAAAGCAUUUUGCGAAGUUCUGCAAAGACCGGAUGCGGUCGAGAUCAUUGAGGUGCUGGCCACGGCUCUCCGGUCCGAGAUGACCAAGCUGUUCUUCGAGCAUAACCUCUUCGACCUUAUUGUCGAGCACCUGAAGGACCAAAUCGAUAUCCUGUCCCUUGAGCUGCGCUGCACCAUCAUAUCCAUCUUCGCGGAAACUGCGAAGUACGUGCAGUAUCUGGUGAGGAUGCACACUGCCGAGAUCACGGACAUGUUCCUCGGCUGCCUCAUGGAGAACGACCCGGCACCGGCCACCUUCGUGAUCCUCGGGCUCAACCGCAUGGCCGAUAAUCCGGACGCACUGCGUCGAAUUGUGACCGAGUUUGAUGAGGGGGCUCUGCAGAAGCUAGUGUCCAUUUUCCAGUCCCCGGAGGUGAUCAUCAAGACCCGGGAGCAGGCAGCCGAGUUUAUCAAUCGCCUCCUGACCGGAGCCUAUCGCGACACGGCUGGAGAGCUGACGGACUUGGACAUUCCAGGCGUCCUCACCACCACCAUUCAGCAGGGCCUGCCUACUCUCUCCAUUGAUUUGAUCCUCUCUCUGCUGGUAAUCGUCGAGAGUUUGGCCCAGAACGAGGAGUACCGAACAGUCCUGGGCCAGCAUCGUCCGCUCACCGAGCAAAUUGCUCAACUUUUGAUGCGCUCCUAUGCCCAUUCCAUUCUCGUGAACAACAUCUUCCGUUGCCUGUGCACCAUCGUCGAUAAGCAGGAUGUUCGUGAGGUGCUGCUUGAGAACUACAUUGUGUCCUCCAUCAAGCGGGCUCUGAAGUCGCUCUCUAAUCUGGUCAAGACGGCUGUGACCAACUUCAUUCUGCAGACCACGCGCUUUAGCGAAUUCAUCGACGCCUACAUAGAUCGCGGCAUUCUGGAAGUCCUGAUGCUGUUCCAGAAACACGCCUUCUGCGUGUCCACCUGGGGACCGGCCAUCGAGAGCAUCCUCUCUAAGUGCCCCACGAUAAAGUUCUGCAUUAGAAACUGCCUAACCUUCACCGACAUUACUGCCGGCAAGGACUUUUAUGUGUCCAGAAAAAAGUUUGACGACUUCCGCACUCUCCAGGACAUUCUACGCAACGAUUGCUCUCUGGAGGCCGUUCUGGUGGUCAAUUUUGACCGAUUGGAGGCGGAUGAGGCGGAUCUGAUGAGAGUUCCGUCGUUCUGCCUUCCGAUGUCCGAUGGUGCCGGUGAUCAUACCUGGUGCUACUGCAAGCGUCCUGCCCAUCCCCAUCUACCCAAAUAUCUGGAGACGCUUAAUCAAACUCUGAUGAUGCACGGCCUGGUGGAGAAUCCGCCAAAGGUGCGCAGCGCCAUCGAUUUUGAUAACGUGGCCAAGCGCAUCAAGAUCAUUGCCGAAGUCGUGCACAAUGUGAUGAACGAUAACCUCAAGAUCUUCGACCUCAACUCGACGGAGGAGUGUUCCCGCCAUGCGGUGCGAUGCCACCUUCAGGAACUGCGCUACGUCUACCACACUAACUUCAUACCCCUGGGCAUGGUGCACAGUGGCUGCCAGUUUGAGCGCGCCAUCCUCUUCAAGGCCCUGGCCGAUCAGAUCGGCCUGCCCUGCACCCUGGAGCGCAGUGUCGACGGCCGGAUGCUGUACAACGAGGUGCCGAUGCCGCUGGAGAUCGACAAGGAUGUUCACUGCGACAAGAAGACCCUCCAGUUUAUGCCCUGGCGCAUGCUGCGCCCCACCCACGUCGUCGAUCUCAUGUACAACGUAGGCGACCUGUAUCCGAUGCAGAGUCGCCAGGCACUGCAGUAUCUGCGCCUCUAUUGAUCACUGAGAUUUUUUUAUUUAAUCCUUUUUCCAGCUUCCAUUUCAAAAUUUCCUGUCGCACCAUUUAUCGAAUGGUCUUGUAAUCGAGUUUAUUAAAGGGGCCAAAGAAGCAGUGGUUUUGGUCUCAGCUAGUCCUAUCCACAGUCCACUGCGCAAGCGAUUGGGAUUGUAAUUUUUAAAAAAUAUCGUACAUCGAUAAGUCAAAUUUUAUAAAUUUUAAUAUUGCCAUAUCGAAUGUAUCAAUUUUAAAACAUUAAUAUAUCGAUAUAUCGGAAUAAUAAUAAUAAGGAGCGGUGAAAUAUUUGCGUACUCUUCCUUCUUGGAAUAUAAUAGGCAAUUGGGUCUGUGAUUUGGUAAGCACUUACAGUCUAGAUAUUUCUAUUAAUCUAAUCGUCGAAAAAAAUAUCGCACCGAAAAUAAAACACAUGCAAAGCGUUGCUCUCCUGGCUGGCUCAUAAUGAGCCAGAUAACCUGGGAUUUAGUUUUCUGCGAUACGUUUGAUGUAUGAAAUGGCACAUCCUUAUAAUAUAAGGUCCCAUAUCGAUAUAUCGAUAAAAUAUCAACAAACAUGCAAGCGACUGUUGGCGGAGCAUUUGGAACACCAGCGUAGAUUAAAUAGAAGCUGGUGGCUUGAACCAUGUGCCGAGUGCUCCUCAUGCUCGCCUACUUCCUCCUGACCAUCUCGUCCAUUGUGUUUACGGCCUGCGUCAACAAAGGUGAGUGUGUGUGCUCCUUGGAGCGAUGUGACCUUGUUCACCAGCAGCCGCAGAAGAGAAAAAUCAAUAAUCUUUAAAAUUCCUGCAUUCCCGGACAGUCACGGGCACGAUUCUCAGUGCCGAAAGUGGUUAAGAUAGGCUCUGAAACUUGCGUUGCAGUUGGUGCUAUAGCCGAUGCUUCAGCCUGUGGAUCAGAUGCGUUUGUCAGGGUUUGUUCGGUCGCAGAUUUUUCAGGAUUUGUGACUGACACCUGCUCUGACUGCACUACAUUUUCAGAUGCCACAGUCGCAGUGUCGCACUCCUCGUCGCUUUCCAGAUCGUCGCGCGCCUCACGUGAUGGUGGAUUAAAGCUACCGUCGAGCAUCGUCUUAAAGACUUUAAUGUUCUUGACCACACGCGGCUCUAGUUCGCUCUGAAAACCGAACCAAACGAAUGAUACAGCGCUUCCGCAAUGGAUAUUCAGAAAAUGUUCUCACCGUGAUCAGUUUGUCAGCCAUCUCCAACAUUUCAGUCUUGACUUCCUGUCCGUUGAGCACGUUAAUAGUGAGGUUGGUGAGCUCUUUGGCAAGCAGGCGACACAUUUCCCUGCGCUCGGUGAAAUAGUUCUGUAUGUAGUGCAGGAAGCUCAGAGCGAUCCUGUUGUGUAUGUUGCUCUUCGGGGAGCUGGCUUCCUGAAUCGUCAAAUCGAUGAAGAACUUGACCACGUAAUCGGGCUGAACGGCGUUCAGCGGCGCGUCGAAGCUGCAGUUCAUGACGGUCCACAGAGUGGGCAGAAGGCAGGGUUGCAGAAGCGCCUGCUUCUUGAGGCGGACAAGGUUCUCAAAGAACAUGCCCAGGACCUGGCUGAUGAUUGGCUCUGCGUUGGGAUUGAAGUAGCGUUUGAGCAGCUGCUCGAGCACCUCGGGCCGAUCGUCGAUGUGACCGCGCAGGACCAAGCGACAAAGGCCUCGCACUAUGGCCAGGCUCACGCCCUUGUCGACCACCAUUUCCAUAUAGCGGCCAAUCGCCAUAAUGAUGUCGACGCUAUGCUCGCUGUUCUGCACUGUCUGAUCGCCAUCCUCCUCCCCGUCGUAUGUAUCCUGCACGGUAUAGAGCUGGCGGCGAUUGGACGUCUUAGACCCCAGCCCCCUAGCACCUAUCUUCCGGCUCAACUUGUCGA